UAACGUGGCAUAUUGAUAGUGCUCGAUAAAUUGUGUUUUCAUGUAGAGGUUACUGUAACACUGAGUGCUGCUGGCAGCUCCUCCCAUCUGGCUAUAAGAGCCAGCUGGGCAGGUAGUCAGGGUCUAACCUUCAAACAGGCCACUGCAGACUGACUUAUGAGGACUCUGUCAGCUUUUUAAUCUUAGUAAGUUUUUACAUGCAGCUGCUGUUCCACACAGAUAUGUGAGGACAGUCCCUGCAGAUGGUUUCCGGUCUGAUCUAACUGGGGAUUUGGAGCUUGGACUAAAUACUUUUCAAUGAUGACUUUCGCCAUGAUGCGGCCCGUGGCGACCCACUUGAUCUAUUCAGACUUCACCAUCACGUCCGAGGAUGACGAAAACCGCAGCGAGAGCGACGGCAGCUCGGAGCAGAGUUUCUGUGGCUCCACGGAAAAACGGCGCAGGAUUUCGUGUGAACUGGAUGGAGACUCUCCGGUGGUGGUGAAGCAGAGGAGCGCAGCUAACGCGAGGGAGAGAGGAAGGACCCAGAGUGUUAAUACUGCGUUCACAUCCCUCCGGACUCUCAUACCCACCGAGCCUGUGGACAGAAAACUCUCGAAAAUCGAAACUCUUCGCCUGGCAUCCAGCUACAUUUCCCAUCUGGCCAACGUGCUUCUUCACGGGGAUGGCUGCGUGGACGGACAGCCCUGCCACGGCGUGGUUCAUGCGCAAGGAGAGAGCGGGGCGCAGCAGCCAAGGACCAUCUGCACCUUCUGUUUGAGCAACCAGAGGAAAGGGAUAAAAGAUGGCAGAGACUGUUUAAAAAUGAGAGGUCUGGGUCCACUGAGAAUGAGACGCUGACUGAAGACCAGUGGAUGAUUACAACCUGAAACUCCUCAAAGACUUUCUCAGGGAAGAGUCAGAGCUGGUGUGAGAGAGCACACAAACACAUCUACAGAUACAUGAGCAAGCACACUUGAACAUGCUGGAUGAAAUGAUGAAACCAAAGAAGAGACUAUUUAUACUUGACUUAGAAAUUUAAGCAUAAGACUUUCAAAGAUG